GUGGUCGAAAAUUUACGCUAUCGCGCUCACGAAAAUUUAAUUCUUGAAUGAUAUAGAUUUCAUUUCCAAUUAUGGCUAAAUUGUGAUAGUGUUUGUAAUUUGUGUAAUUUCUGAUACAUCGACGUUGUAAUGGACGAAAAAGAAGAACUACAUCUAACCUCACAGGAGUUGCAAGUUUUGUCGGAACUUGACAGUCGCCAAUUUGGGUUCCUGAAACUCCGUGGCAACGAACAUGCACGAACUAGAGCACUUGUCCUUAAGGCAGUCAAGUAUCUGGAAGGCAUGCUUGUCCAAGUUAAGGAGGAGGAGAAAGUUUCAUCCCCUGGAGAUAGAAGAGAUAUCUGCAUUGAUCCAAAAACAUACUGCAAGCUUGGACACUUUCACCUUUUAUUGGAGGAUUAUGCUAAAGCAAUGUCAGCAUAUCAAAAGUUUUACGCAUUGGAGCAAGACAAUUGGAAAGAUCCACUGUUCCUGUAUGGAUUAGGCCUGUGCUACUAUCACUACAAUGCUUUUGAGUGGGCGACAAAAGCGUUGCAAAUGGCACUGUAUGUGUCACCUGGAUUCACCCGCGCGGCAGAUGCCCAUAUGCGGCUGGCGUUGAUGUUCAAGGCGCGUCGGCACUGGGGUGCUGCUGCUGCCCACUUCAGGCGCGCUCGGCUCGCCCCUCACCAGGAUGCCACUUUCACCCGCCUUGAGCUCAGCUUCCACGUCGCACACCUGCUCGAAGCAAGAAGCCUUAGAAAAGCUGCCAGAGAUGCUUAUGAAAGACUAUUGAAAGAACCGCAACUCUCUUCAUCUCUAAAGGCAGAUGUCUGCAGACAACUUGGGUGGCUGUAUCAUCGUUGUGCAUCGUUGGGCGAGACCGCGGCUCGAGCUCGCGCGGCCAUCUGGUGCCUACAGCGCGCGGUCGCUGCCGAACCCGACUCUGGCGCUGGUCUCUACCUCCUCGGUCGUUGCUUCGCAGCUCAAGGAAAAGUCCACGAUGCUUUCAUCGCCUACAGAAAUUCAGUCGAAAAAUCGGAAGGAAAUGCUGAUACUUGGUGCUCAAUCGGAGUGUUGUAUCAGCAGCAAAAUCAGCCCAUGGACGCGUUACAGGCGUAUAUUUGCGCCGUGCAGCUCGAUAAAGGGCAUUCAGCUGCCUGGACAAAUCUCGGAAGUUUGUACGAGAGUUGUCAGAUGCCCAGAGAUGCGUUCGCGUGCUACACAAACGGAGGCGCAGCGGCGACGGCUUCCAAUGCGGCCCUCCGGCAGCGUCUGGCCUUUUUAAGGGCGCACUUGGCGCACGCACCCAUGCCUUCGGUUACUGGAAAGCGUCGCCAACUGCCGUCUAUCGAAGAAGCGUGGAACCUGCCUAUAUCUGCAGAGAUGUCAUCCCGGGCGCCUAAAACCGCCCCGCCCCCCUACCCUGGCAAGAGGCCUGAAGACCCUCCACCGUUAACCCAGCAUCAAUUGCAAACUCUUCAGCAUCUACAAAGGAACUCUCAUAACCUAUCGCCGCAACAACAAGUUAUAAUGCAGCAACUGCUCUCUCAGUAUCGACUAGCGCAAGCGGCGAGGGCGCGUGCGGUGGCGAAAAGCGAAAACAGUGCGACCGGCGGCGACAGCGCGGAAUCGCUUGCUGAAGACUUACUGAAGAGAUUUUCUGACUCACAGCCUGAUAUUAAAAAAGAACCCGUUACAGAGAAUACAAGCAGCACGACAGGCAAUGAAGCGUUGCUGGGCGGCCGCCAGCCAGUGGUGAAGCUCGAACCGCUCAAAACCGACCCUCUUAAGCCCGUCUCUUUCCACAUUGGCAUGAGUUCCAAGCAGAUACUCGAAACUUGCAAAGAAAACGCGGGACCACCGACAGCGUGGUCGGUACUGGGCGACGGGCACGGGCCGCCUGAGCCGCCGCCCGUGCCGCAGCCGCGUCUUACGCCCGAACAGUUGGCGCCGCCCGCACCCUUCGUCUACGUGGAGUCAAAGCGCGACGCCUUCUCGCCACAGCUGCAGGAUUUCUGUCUCAAACACCCAAUCGCUGUGGUGCGCGGUCUUACCGCUGCGCUUAAACUUGAUCUGGGCCUGUUUUCCACCAAGACGCUGGUAGAGGCGUGGCCCGACCACUCGGUGGAGGUGCGCACGCAGCUGAUGCAGUCGGCCGAUGAGAACUGGGACCCGACAGGGAGACGGCGCGUGUGGGCGUGCGCGUCGCAUCGGUCGCACACUACGGUGCGCAAGUAUGCGCAGUACCAGGCGGGCUCUUUCCAGGAGUCGCUGCGCGAGGAGCGCGAGCGCGGCGCCGCCCCCGCGCACUCUGCUGGCGGCAUGUCCGAUUCCGACGGCCGCGAAUCGGGCUCCGGACCCGUCAAGCGCCGUCGCGGCGCACGGAUGCUGCGCUUCGGUACCAACGUAGACCUUUCCGACGAGCGCAAGUGGCGCCCGCAGCUGCAGGAGCUCCAGAAACUGCCGGCAUUCGCGCGAGUAGCCUCCGCCGCCAACAUGCUCUCUCACGUUGGUCACGUCAUUCUCGGCAUGAACACCGUUCAACUAUACAUGAAGGUCCCCGGCAGCAGGACCCCCGGCCACCAGGAGAACAACAACUUCUGCUCGAUCAACAUUAACAUCGGUCCCGGCGACUGCGAGUGGUUCGGCGUGCCGGACGCCUACUGGGGCGGCGUGAACGAGCUGUGCGAGAAGCACGGGCUGUCGUACCUGCACGGCUCGUGGUGGCCCGACCCCGAGGAGUUGCGAGCGCACGGGGUGCCGGUGUACCGGUUCACGCAGCGGCCCGGCGACCUGGUGUGGGUGAACGCCGGCUGCGUGCACUGGGUGCAGGCCACGGGUUGGUGCAACAACAUCGCCUGGAACGUGGGCCCGCUCACCGCCCGGCAGUACUCGCUCGCGCUCGACCGCUACGAAUGGAACAAGGUGCAGAACUUCAAGUCGAUCGUGCCGAUGGUGCACCUGACGUGGAACCUGGCGCGCAACAUCCGCGUGUCGGACCCGCGGCUGCACCGCGCCAUGCGCACGUGCCUGAUGCAGACGCUGCGCGCGGCGGCGGGCACGCUGAACGUGGUGCGCGCGCGCGGCGUGCCCAUCCGCUUCCACGGGCGCGCGCGCGGCGAGGCCUCGCACUAUUGCGGCGCCUGCGAGCGCGAGGUGUGGCACGCGCUGCUGGUGCGCGAGCACGAGCGCCGCCACGUCGUGCACUGCCUGGCGUGCGCGCGCCGCGCCGCGCCCUCCCUGCAGGGCUUCCUGUGCCUGGAGGAGCACCACGUGGACGAGCUGGCGCAAGUGUUCGACGCUUUCACGUUGCACAGGCCCGCGCCGCCGCCGCACGCCGCGCUCGUCGCGCACCCCGUGCACCCUGCCCACCCCGCUCAUCCCGCGCCGCCGCUGCAGACACCCUCGUUUGUGCCUACGCCCGAUUGAGUACUGACGGGUGUUGAUAGUUAAGGCUAGGCUCUUGUGUUGUCCGGUCGCCCGAUUCUCCCUCGACACUGACACGCCGCCGUGGCUUCUGAUGGCGGCCGACUGCGACGUUCGUCCCGCAGAGGUGAAGCGUGUGGGUCUCGAUGUCGGUAUCCGGUUCGAGUGUUGACGUACCUGUAUUUAUUUUGUGCUAGUAUUCGCCUUCCGGUCGACAGGAGGUAAGUUUAUUUCGGUAAAGUUUUUUCGGAUUGCUCGGUUGCUGUUGUCGUUUGAGAGCGUAGAUUUAGAUUCCGUAUUUUAAUUGGCAUUUCACAUUUUUUGGUACAGUAUUAGACGCUAGUGAAUAUAACUUGUGGUUUUGACCAAAUAUGAAAAGAACAAACACGAUCUAUUUUUAUGUGCUGCGAAUUUUUCGGUGAUAAAAAGUUGUAAUUUUCUAAUAAUAAAAUGUUUACAUUUUACAUGCUCCUCGAUCACUUUUGUAAUUGUGAGAGAUAGAGAUAAGAAGUCAAUUCAGCGACAAGCAAUGUGAGUGCACAGGCGAACGUUUAGUAUUCGAUGGCGGUGACCUCGGCUAGUGUAUACAUUUAGGUGGAUAGGUGUAGAGAUGCGUUAGGCAGAAUGGGUUCGGAAGGUUACCGAGGUCAGGCCGCUUGGUCUCACGUGCUCAGGUGUUCACCAUGAUAUAAAUGUGUUAUUUUUGUAUAGAGGCGUAUUUAUUUAUUUUUGUCGUACUGUGACUUCGUAAAUUAGUUUGAUUUUUAGUAGUCUGUUAGCGAAUAGUAGGUAUAAGAGCAUCGCACGGAAUGAGGCGUUGCGUUUUAGCAAGGCCCGGAGAAGAGUGCUGUAAUGUCCCAAAGAACGUUAUACUCGUGUAAGCAAGCAAGAUACUAAUGAAAAUUGUAAGAUAUCAAACUUAGAUUUCUGAUUUCCGUGCCUUUUGUCUUGGGAUCUGACACCAAUAUCAGACGAUGUACUCUUGUUCGACGAGCUAUGAAUUCCCCAGGGGAUCCAUGUGGAGUAAAGAUCUACAUAAAUCCCCCAGGGGAUUCAAAAGGUCGGAGGGGACGAGCUAUCAAAUUCCGUACAAUAUUCAGAAUCGAUCGAUCGUUUUAAGUUUACAACAUGGCGGGCUAAACAGUCCGUCGUCUGCGUUGAACUUAUUUGUUAUUGAACUUGAGAACUAUUAAAUGAAUUGGAUUGUAACAAAAUUAGACAUAGUAAAAGAAAUGUUUCUUGGCUCGAUGUAUAUUAUGCAGGUUAAGGUGGAGUAAGCUCAGGGUUGGCAGUACAGCUGGUUGGCUCGCCCUCGGCACUAAACGUUUGUUAUUGUCUUGAAACUUUAUUGACGUGUUAGUGAGAUUUCAAUGUUGAUUGUAUUAUUUAUAGUGACGAGGGCGAAGUCUAUGGAUUGCAAGCAGAAAAGAAUUGUUCGGAAUGUAUAGCAAGUGCCGAUAUAUUUAUAAGUAUCUAAUAAAUAACAUCACU